UGCAUUGCUGCCUCUGGUUUUGGGGGGGCGAAGCACCUACGGGGCACCUUUUCCGUAACAAGUUCCCACAGCGCAAUGGCGACCGUGUGCGCAAGGCAAAUUCACCGUCACCAACGCGCGGAACAUAACCGCUCUUCGCGGCCAAUGACAAUACAUCAAUAGGCUCCACCGGAUUCCAUGAGAAAAGGCUGCAAACUAGGUCACCCGACACGAAAGAUGCCAUGACCGACGCGACAAAGCCUAAACCCUACCCGCAGUACUGCUUCCACCUGUCGCCGACCAUCAAUCGCUGGUGCCAUUUCCGGAUCAGCGACAUAGUGGCCCUCAAGAGUCACCCGGGGUUUCGGGGCCAGGAUGUCUACUUCUACAUCAACCACCCGGUGAAAUGGGUGCGCAUCUCGGGCAUGGUUGUCGCCGUCGACGAGCGCGAAACGAGACACUUCUACGUGAUCGAUGACGGCAGCGGGGCGACUCUCGAAUGCGUCGUCAGUGUCGCGCCUCGCACGAAUGCGCCGGCAGCGACCGCCACGGCGACCACGAACUCCAGCAGCGGAAUCGCAGGGUCGAUUCCAAUCGUCGACGCGCCGAUCGACGUCGGUCACGUAUUAGACAUCAAGGGCAGUGUAGGCAUCUUUCGCGGCAGCUGGCAGAUUCGCGCCGAGAAGAUCGUCCACCUCCGCUCGACAGAGCAGGAGGUGGCGUUCUGGGAGAAGGUCGCGCAGCUCAAAACCGACGUUUUGUCAAAACCUUGGGUUCUGGAUGAGAAGGAGGUGAGGAGAUGCCGGAAGGAGGAGGAGGAGGAGGAGCAAGGCCGUCACAGCGGCCGUCGCCAUCGGAGCGCUGGUGAGAGGCGCGGCAGCAAGCGCGGGGGAAAGACUGGAUUGGAGAAGGUCAAAUCCGGCCUGGAGAAGGCAAAGGCGCCUCACACAGAGGAGGCGAGGGCGCUCUAUGAGGAUGCUGAAGGCAAGAACGGACGUGAGACCAAGACGCUUGCAAGGCGGCCGAUCAGGGUCACGGGGUUGGAGAAGAGGAAGUCGGCCAAGCCUGUCACAAGGGUUAUUCCGAUGACGGGCAAAUAUGACGCCCUGGGCCUGUGAAUGUGAAGGCUUAGAAUCUCACG